UAGACACGUUUAUUUAAUUUUUUCUCUUUUCUUAACUCUUAUGUAGAGCGUUGCCACUGACAACAGUGAAAAAUUUUCACCGGCUGCAGAGUUACAAUUUAUUUUAGGGUUGUUGACACCACUUGAUGACAAUGUCUUUCUCUACAAAUACAAGGCUAAGUCCAUCUGAAGCUGAAAUGUUUGUAGAUUCUCUAAAGGUGUUUGAUGUUGCCAGUGUUGGCAGUCCUGAAUGGACACGGCAACAUGAAUAUGUCGAAAAACUCAACAUACAAGCAAUAUUAAAUGCUUCUGCAGAUGAAGAUGAAUUUGUCAAAUCCUUCCUGAUCUCUUAUGAAAAGUUCCCAGUUCUCAUCACAGACCUUUUAGUGUCAGAUGUUUGGAAAGAAAAAGUUUUCUCCCAGCUGCUGGACAUGGAGUUUGAACCAGAGAGCACUUUUCCACUAUACAUUACACUCUACCAUGAAGCUACUGUUAUCAACCUUCUGGAAACAACUUUAUAUUUUCCUGAGUCUUGUGAAUCUGCUGACGAGAGCCUUCUGGACCUUGUUGAUUACUGCUACCGAAAAUUAACUGACAUCAUUAGUAGGUCAAAGGAGAAGUUUGAAGAGAUCAAAGAUUUUGUAAAUGAGCCAGGCAGCAGCAAUAUGCAGGAUUUAGAAAAACAAGCUGCAAAACUAAAUUUUGAUAUUUCUGUGAAAGCCAUGUCAAUAAUGCGUUAUGUGACUGAUAAUGUGGAUGGAAUCACAUUGAGCAUCCUCACCAGAAUACUCAACACUCAUGAUUUACCAAUUCUUCUUGUAGAAUUGUUGGAAAAUCCUCCAUGGACUCAAGAAAUCAAAGGUAAAACCUAUAGAUACUACGACUGUAAAUGGCAUGAAAUGAAAUCGACUGAGGACAAUCUCAAACUGACGAAAACUGAGGGACAGGUUUGGAUAGCUCUCUUUAAUGUCAUCAUGAAAAGUAGUUGUCAGAAGAAGUAUGAAAUGACAUCGUAUCGGAAAAACAUCUUGAUGAAGCUGCGGUCACACCUCACCGAACUGUUGCUGGACCAAAUGCCUGCUUUAGUUGAGAUGAGGAGAUACUUGGAAUAUCUAGGACACAUGGAAACCCCAGCUGUGAAAAAUGAGCUGAUAUUGGAACAGAUUCCUCAAAUAAGGGAAAACAUUCUGAAGAAGAAUAAAGGCAAAUGGAAGAAACUUGCAAGAAAACAAUCACAGACCUAUUUUAACCCUUCAGAAGAAUUUAUUAGGGGUCAAGCUAAAAGGUGGGCAGAGACGUACAACCUCGAUGUGUUGGAUGAACUGAUACCUGAGCCACCUAAAUGUGCAGUGUGUGGGGAGAAAGCUACCAAGAGGUGUUCCCGUUGUCGAAAUAUAUGGUAUUGCCGCAGGGAGUGUCAGGUGUCACACUGGCCAAAACAUAAAGCUGUUUGUGAUUUAAUUAACGAGGAGAAAUCUGAUACCAAUACUAAAGAAAAUACAAAAAACCAGCAAUGAGAGCAUAUCGGUAGCUUAUAAUCCAAUAAACACUGAAUAAUAGAAUUAACUGUCACCAAUUCUACUAAACAUUAACACUGUGUCUGUCAUCAUGGUUUAUUAAAUACAGUUCAUUAAUAUCCAUGCACUGAAUCAGCAGACAUAAGAAGGGGUACUAAAAAAUUCCUCACUGUAAGGGUAUCGCAAAAGGCCUGGUUGGAGGCCUAACCUUCUGAGUUCUUUUACAAGGCUUAGAAAAACUGAAGGACAUUGCAAUAAUUAUGCGAAUCUGAGAGGGGAAUAUGUUUAAUAAAAUCAUAAUUAACUGAU